AUGGACUCUGAGACCUGUGACAAGGAGGUGCAAGGAUACCUCAGCGACAACGGCUGGGAGCGGCUAAUUGGACUCGCAAGGCGUAUCCUGGACUCGAUGCUGUUGAAAGUCAGCCCAGCAAAGCUCACACAGGAGGUCCUGACAACAUUCAUGGCAGAGGUCUCAGCUAUCCUAAACGCCCGUCCGCUGGUUCCUGUGUCCACAGACCCCGACUCCCCAUUCAUCCUGACACCAGCGACCCUUCUCACACAGAAGGUCAGUGCUCUUCCUCCUCCGAAGGGUGAAUUCGACGAGAAGGACCUCUACGGAAAGCAGUGGAGGCAGGUCCAAAGCCUCGCCAACACCUUCUGGUGUCGCUGGAGGACUGAGUACCUCCCUACCUUGCAGAGACGCAGGAAGUGGGAAAAGGAGAAGCGCAAUCUGAAAGAGGGGGAUGUCAUCCUCCUGAAGAACGACCAGUUGCAGAGAAACGACUGGCCUAUGGGCGUCAUCCUCAAGACCUUCCCCGGCGCGGACGGGAGGGUAAGGAAGGUGGAGAUCAAGACUUCAAGGGACGGGUCAGCCAAGACCUUCCUGCGACCUGUCUCAGAGGUCGUCUUACUCCUCUCCCCAGAGACUGAUUAA